UUUGUGGUAGAAUUCGUGCAGAACAAAAACAAGAGGAUAGAGUUCGACGUCUCGUCGGCCAAUGGAAUCCUGCUGUUCCGAGAGUCGAGUGAGAUGCUAAGCGAAUUCACCACGCGCAUGCUCUCCCAGGUACAGCCAACUUCCGAUAGUGGACAAUUAAACGAGAGCAUGCUCGCACACCAGGGGACGACAGGGGAGAGGAUAGGUGGCACCAAGACCGACAAACGCUAUAAGAACCUCACAGCCUGCUUCAAUAUAAUUAGAUUUACGCUUUCGGGCAAGUACGUGAACUUUGGCGUGUUCAGGUUGUACGGCGACGACGCUCUGGAUAAAACGUUCAACGCAUUCUUAAGGAUCAUCAGCCAGGUGCCACUGUCGGAGAUCAUGGUGUGUGUGCACUAG